AAAACAGCCCAAGAGGGUGGUGGAGGGGAAGGACAAACCAAACCAAACAAACAAAACAGCCACCGCCAUACCAAGAAGAAGAAGAAGAAGAAAGUGGUUGAAGAGUUUGGUGGCAAACAUGGCGAUGCGCGACCUCGUUUCGGGCGCUGCGGCAUGUGGCGACUCUUCUUCUUCUUCCUCCGCAAACCCUCUCGCUUCCCUCGCCAACGCCCUUAUUGGCUCUUCCUCCAAAACUCCGGAGAGGUUGAAGGAGAUUCCCACAUCCACUCCCACUGACCCUACAUCCCAAUUUUACUCCACAGCUCUUCCCGCCAAUCAGCUUCCCGGCACCGAACUCGAUAAGCCUCUAUUGAAUGCAAACUCUCAGGCUUCGGAGUUUUUGCAUAGGUUCCGUGGCACCACCGGCCUUGAGGAGACGUGGGAUGAGAUACAGCGUGAUGGGGCGGCUGCCCAAAUGCGCCAACUGCCACCGGGGAUUCAACAGCUGCCGUUGGAUGGGACACCGCAAAGAGUUCUAUCGAGCUUUUUGCAUUCGUUUCUUGAUAGCAGCCGUGGUGGAGUGCCUUUUCAUCCUGCUCCGCUACCGAUGUUGGGUUUAUCUGAUGGUGAUAAACAAUGCAUCCGUGACCGCAGCAGCAUAAUGGCUAGGCAUCUCUUUGCGGAUAAAGGCGAAGAAUUUAUUGAUGCCCAAGUAAAUGCGCUUCUAUGCUCUCUAGAUAUUGACAGCAGUGUCCGUGGUAAGGGACCUAUGCCUGAAAGAUUCCGGGAGCUUGAGGAUUACUGGAAUGAGUCUCAAGGCAACCUGAGACUUGGUCCUCCUGCUCCAGACGGGUGGAUUUCUGAAUUUAGUCAACAUAGGGAAAAAUAUGAUAAUCCUGAUUCAUGGGCUAACUCAUUUGAGCAACAGUAUGGUGCAAAUGGUUGGGUGUCUGAAUUUGAACAUUCCCAAUUGUCGUCAGUAGAUCAAAUGCGAGGUAUGAACAUGCCAAACUUUGCUGCAAUGGAGCAGACUCGUAUGCUUGCAAACACGUUGGCCCAAAAUGGUGACCCUAAAUUUCAGAACUCAAAAUUCCUUCAAUUUGUAUCAAAGAUGAGCCGUGGUGAGUUGAUUAUUGAUGACAAUCAAGUUGAAGAGAAUGCAUUACCUGCAUCUGGAGAUUGGGCAACAGAAUACAAUCAGCAAUAUAAUCAUGGUCAUGCAUGGGCUGGAGAAUUUUUAAAUGAUAAGGUUUAUCAUGGACCUGAUCAGUGGGUGAAUGAAUUUACAAGUGAAGAACAGCAGCAUGAUGCAGUUGAUGAUCAGUGGGUUAAUGAAUUCUCAAAGUUGAAUGUUAAUGAUUGGGCAGAUGAAUUUGGUCAGCAGUUUGGUGAAGGAGCCUUAGGGGAUAAUAGCACUUCUGAUAGUUGGGCACAAGCGUAUGAUGAGUUCCUAAAUGAGCAAGUGGCUGCCAAGCAGCAGUUAGACAGUUCAAGGGGUGUGUAUGUCUUCUCAGAUUUAAAUCCUUAUGUUGGCCAUCCAAAUCCGUUAAAAGAAGGUCAAGAUCUAUUCAGAAAAGGACUUUUAAGUGAAGCAGUUCUAGCAUUGGAAGCUGAAGUCCUAAAAAACCCUGAGAAUGCUGAAGGGUGGAGACUGCUUGGAAUAGCACAUGCAGAGAAUGAUGAUGAUCAACAGGCUAUUGCAGCAAUGAUGCGUGCACAAGAGGCUGACCCGACAAACCUGGAAGUGCUUCUUGCUCUUGGUGUUAGUCAUACAAAUGAACUGGAGCAAACAGCUGCUCUGAAGUAUCUAUAUGGAUGGUUGCGCCAUCACCCAAAAUAUGGAACACUUGCCCCGCCUGAGAUGGCUGAUUCUUUGUACUAUGCCGAUGUAGCUAGGUUAUUCAAUGAUGCAGCUGAACUCUCACCUGAUGAUGCAGAUGUCCACAUAGUUCUAGGGGUCAUGUACAACUUAUCCAGAGAAUAUGACAAAGCCAUUGCAUCUUUUGAAAGAGCACUGAAACUUAAGCCACAGGAUUACUCUCUAUGGAACAAGCUGGGUGCAACACAAGCAAACAGUGUUCAAAGUGCUGAUGCAAUAAUGGCUUAUCAACAGGCGCUGGAUUUAAAGCCUAAUUAUGUCCGUGCUUGGGCAAAUAUGGGCAUCAGUUAUGCAAACCAGGGUAUGUAUGACGAGUCCGUUCGUUAUUAUGUUCGAGCACUUGCCAUGAAUCCAAAAGCAGAGAAUGCAUGGCAAUAUUUGAGAAUUUCGUUGAGCUGUGCUUCUAGGAAUGACAUGUUGGAAGCUUGUGAUAGUCGUAAUUUGGACCUUCUCCAGAAGGAGUUUCCACUACAGUAAGGGAGGGUCACUUCCACUGAGGAGGUGGUUACUUGAACAUGAAUCCUAAUUUUCCUUAAAAACUUUUGGAUGAGUAAAUGACACAUUUUCUGCCAUUAAAGCUUGCAGUAGAUGCCUGCUUCUAUAGAAAUUUCUUGGAGAACUAAAAGGCCGAUCAAGUGAUUAAGCCUGCUGGUGAAUACGAGGCAUUAUUCUAUCAAUCUUGGAACAUAUGGUGUAUAUCAUGAAGUACAUCAACCUACACUGGUUUUAGGCACUGUUACAGACUCCAUUUCUUGAUGUUACAAAAGCUAUUUAUCAUAGAACAGCUGCAGUAGUAAAGUUAAGGGAUUGUGGCUUUCCAUUAUAAAGUUGAGUUUAUUGUGUAUGUACAUAUAUAUACAAGUAUACAAGAUUAGUCGCAUAUCAUGUAUCUAAUUUGCUAUAUUAUUACUUGAUAAUAUAUUAUCCUAUAACUUAAUCACUAUCCUACUUUUCA